GAACGGUCGACAGCGGGAGUCAAGAAAUGUGUAAACAUUGGUGAUGAAUAAUGAUGGCCUGGGGUGAUACUCAUUUUUUUCCUGUGACAGAUGGCAGUCCCGUAACUCAGUUCAGUGCAAGCUUGUAUUACUUAUCUAGAGUUGCGGCUUUGCCAUUCAUUUGUUGAAAGACUUCGAAUUUCCAUCAUGGGAUUUGACUUAAAUUCAGGCUUUGUUAAGACCGCCGGUGGAAUCAUGUAAUCGUGACAUUAAGAAAGGUAGAGAGAGGACUUGCCCUGCUCAGCCACUGUGCCCCUCUCUAGGCCAUGGAGGAGACAAAGGCUAGCACCACACAAGAGAGCAUGCGGAUCCAGCUGCCAAAAGCUCUCCAGGACUUACCUCUGGCCAAGGAACUCUGCUCCUCUAAACAAAGUUGGAACUCCAAUGAGGAGAUCGCGUCCUUACUCAUUGCGUUUGAGAAACACAAGGAAUGGAAGCAGAGAGAAAUCAGAAUCAGGCCACCCAGUGGCUCCAUGCUGUUGUACAGUCGUAACAAGGUCCGUUAUCGUAAAGAUGGUUACAGCUGGAAAAAGCGGAAAGAUGGGAAGACAAUACGGGAAGAUCACAUGAAGCUCAAAGUCCAGGGUGUAGAGUGUAUCUACGGCUCAUAUGUUCACUCAGCAGUCCUGCCCACAUUCCACAGACGGUGCUACUGGCUGCUACAGAAUCCUGACAUUGUCCUUGUGCAUUACCUCAAUGUGCCAUACACAGACAACACCAAGCUGACCAUUCCCACCCUGUCAUACUACAUGGAGAAGAAAGAAUGGACCAAAGAGGAGCUUGUUGACCAGCUCAGACCAAUGUUUUAUACAGGAAGAGAACCCAAUCAGGGAAAUGAGCAAUCGGCAGAGGAGACGAUCGCAGUGAUUGUGAAGCAGCUACUGGACCACCAGGAAAAACACAUGAAAUCAAAAUUACACAAAUGUGACGCAUUAUGUGAUAAAAACUGUUCAUUGCGGCGCAUAACACCUAAACGAGAAAACAGUCUGACAGGCAGUGUUGUGAACAGUCGACUUGUCUCCAUUCUUCAUCAAAAUCCUCAACACUCGCAGACAGUCAGCUCCGCCCAAGUCUGUCCCAGCACAAACGGAAUUGUCAUGGCGCCAAGCUCCACCCAACCCGUUGCCACGGUAACAACCCUUAGCGACCAAGUCCCAACUGCUGGAACACCUCUUAUUCUGAACCUCUCCAACUUUCAAGGCAGCAAUGGCAUUAUCAUUGUGAGUGGUCAGUCAAACACCCCUAUCUCUAUCAUAAACAGUGCGCCUACCCAGGAGCCCCCCAUUAACAGCACUGGUCAGCUGCAGGUCAGCGGUCCCAUGACCACAUCACCUAAACAUCCAGCCGAUGUCCAGGUGGUCAAAGGACAGGUAGAGACGAGUGGUAAUGUCCCCAUGCAAAUAGGUUCCAGCUCUGAUGACCUUGAUAGUGUGGGACCUGCUCUGGCUGGAAAGGUCGACCCGGUCAGCCUGUUUGGCACCACAGAUUUUGUCUUACCCCAGGGGGUACUUCACACCUCCUUCUCUACAGACUUGUCGGGCACGCAGUCAGACCUGGCUGUCUCAACCGCUGACCACUCGUGUACCUCAGGGAUAGCCUCGUCCACUUGUGACGCGUUUAAAUCGGAGCUCCCCUUCCCUUCGACCUCUGACCUGAGCCUGGACAACUUUGACCUACUUGACUUUGCUGACAUGGACAAGCUGUGUCCUGGCUGGUCAGACACGUGCGCUGAUGUGGCCACUGAUACCAUUCCCCAGUCCUCAUUCCCCAUGGUAGCUGACGACAAGCCAGCAUCCCUACUGGGCUCGGCUACCUGCCUGCCAAACCAGUCUAUGGCACAACAACAGGCCUCAGCACAGGUUCAUCCUCCCCACCAAAACCAUGCAUCUCUCCAUAUCCAUGCUCCGUCUCAGCUACAGCUGGAAGAGGCUUCCCAUCAUCAGCAUAUCGCCCCUCAGUCAUCACUCACUCUGCGCCGCACCCCUCUCCAUGACGCACAUCUACAAGCCGUACAGCUCAGUGGGCAGUCUAACCUCUUCGCUCAACCACAUAUCACCCCUGAACAGGCUAAUCCUGAUCAACAACAGGAGCAGCAGCUGCAUACGUCAUCCUGUCAGUCACUUCAGCCUCACCCCCACAUCCUCCAGGCAGAGCCCACCUCACUCUGCCAGGGGCUGGCCAACGCCCAUCAACAACCCAAGGACAAUGUGGUUCACUCUGCAGUCAACAUCAAAGAAGAAGGGGAAGGCAGUUGUGUGAAGCUGGGCAAGGGAGAUAACUUGGUAACAAUUACUGACUUCUCCCCAGAUUGGUCCUAUGCUGAAGGGGGCACCAAAGUUCUGGUGACAGGACCCUGGCUGACUGCCUCCAGCAAUUACUACUGUCUGUUUGACAACAAAUCCAUUGCUGCCACACUAGUACAGCCUGGUGUGCUGCGCUGCUUCGCUCCAGCUCAUGCUCCUGGUUUGGUGACACUCCGCGUUGCUAUGGGCGAUGGUGUGAUAUCAAACUCAGUGGUGUUUGAAUACAAAAGAUCUGAGAAAAGGGAGUCAACCCCAGCGCAUGGGGAUUGGUUCUCAAUCGAUGAGAGCCAGUUACAGUUGAUGUUACUAGACCGUUUUGAACAGCUGGAGAAGCGUCUGGGGUCAAGCUGUUCCAGCAAGGAAGCCCCUGGACCUUCUGAGUUACCUGAGAAGCCUACAGACAGCGAAGCUCAGUUAAUGCGCUACUGUAACUUCUUGCGUGUGCGACCUUGGUUGACCUCUGACCCCAUUCCUAAGCUGGGUAUAACAGGUGGAACACUGUUGCACCUAGCGGCCGCCCUGGGGUACCACAAGUUAAUUGACCAGCUGAUCAAGUGGAGAUCUGAGAGUGGGAGUGCAGUGCUAAGCGCUGAAGUGGAUGCUCAAGAUCUGGACAAUUUCUCUGCAACUCCUCUGAUGUGGGCUUGUGCUCGAGGCCAUGUGGACUGUGCCCUUUUCCUGUAUCACUGGUCAAGUGAGGCGGUCAAACUGUGUAACAAGGCUGGUCAGUCAGCCUCCGAUGUGGCUAGAGAGAACGGUCACCUCCACCUGGCUGACCUCCUGGAUUCUCUUGAGCAGGACACCAUCAUGCAGACAGACUCUGCACAGCUCGGCCUGGACGGCUCACUACCCGGUCUCGCCUCUUUCAUCCUGGAUUCCCCGCCGAAGGAAGACAGCUGCCCCCUACCCCAGAAGCCUGUGAUAGCCCCUCACCCCCAGACUAGCUAUGAAGCCAGCCCUGGAACCUCGGCACCACUAACCAGCCUCCACAUUGAUAUUCCUGCACCAGCUCCCUAUCACGCACAAUCAAAGCUGGUACGCCGGUUCUCAGAACAAUCAGGCACCAGCAUGUUGAGAAGGCGCCUUAAUAAGCGCUUUUCCAUGGAGGUGUUCCCAGACUCUACUCUGACAGACUCAGAUUUUUGCUCAAAUCAAGAUAUGACCGCUCCCCAAUCUUUACGCAUUGCUAAUUCUGAGCCAGAUUUGGGGGCUAAUGUUAAUGCCCUGUCAGGGGGAGAUAAUCCUAUGAUCUCAGAACAUUGCCCAGAGGCUACCUCCCCUGAUCUGUUUCUUCAUACCGACUCUUUAUUGGGAAUUCAUCGACUGGCUGACCCAGAUGACACUGUUUUUUCGAUGGGAACACGUGGAUUUCCUUUACUCACGUCGCAACAGGUGUCAUCUGGCAAUCAGGUUGUUGCUAUGGAUACAGAUGAGAUUUCAUCGGUUCGGAGUGACAGCCCAUUCAUUGAUGUAGAGAAGGUGUCUUCUGAUGACGACGAGAUUCCUCACUUAGUGGAUCAGGCUGCUAACCUCGGAGAAGGCACUUCUGCUGACGGACAGAACCAGAUGGUGACAUUAGCCAAUCAGAUCAUUGCAGCCAUGCCAGAGAGAAUCAAAUCCUCUCCCAGUUGUUGUGAUGAGGGUGUGGUAACAGAGUGUCACCGUGGCCGCAGUGAGUCUCACAGCUCGAUCACAUCCCAGAGCUCACCCCCUGCCUCUCUGUAUGGUGACGACUCUGGAAUUUCCACACCCCUGGGGGAGGGGCUCAGCUUUGAGGAUUACAGGUACCGUGACAUUGACACUCCAGCCUCGUCCCUAAGCCCAGAUUCCACCUGCCUGCCCAGCCCCUACAGCCCCUACAACUUCCAGCUGGACUCUCCCCCACCCACCACAGCAGACUUUAAUGAGUACUUCAAUGCCCCCACCACCUAUAUGGAGAAGGACUUCUCUCAGCUCACUCUGUCAGAUCAUGAACAGAGGAAACUCUAUGAGGCAGCCAAGUUGAUUCAGAAUGCUUUUCGAAUAUACCGCGACAAACAACAGCAGCAGCAGCAGCUUCAGAAAGAAAUUGAGGCAGCCAUUUUGAUCCAAAGCUACUACAGACGCUACAAACAGUACAUCUACUACAAGAAGAUGACACAGGCAGCCGUCCUGAUCCAGAGUCAGUUCAGGAGUUACUCUGCUCAGAAGCGUUACAAGAAAAGCCGCGACGCUGCCGUGGUUAUCCAGAACCAGUACAGGACGUACAAACAGCACGAGCGCUUCAAAAAGAGCCGAAAUGCUGCCGUCAUUAUACAGCAGCGAUUCAGGAACCACUACCAGAGGAAACAAAACCAGGAGAUGGCAUCUAACCUGCUCCAGAUGGCUUCUGAGUCCAAUGAUAACUCUCCUGUGCGAGAUGCAAACACUUCAGCCAGAGACGGCACACCAGCUGCAGACACUGAGAGCAAGAAGACAACGAAAACCAGUGAGGCGGCCAAGAAGAAGACUCCAUCUCUGUUACGCUCCAGCAGCACAGGCAAGGCGAAAUCCUCCCUAAAGCUGGACCCAGACCUGAAGAGACCAGGGGCAAAACCGGACUCGCAGAAGAGCUCUCUAAGCAAGGGGGAUAAUGCAGAGCUUUCCAAACCUGUGCGCAGGGCCAGCUCACUGUCUAAGACAUGAGGUGGUGCCUGAGAUAUGAUGUUUGAUGUUUACUUUAUAAUACCUGUCCAAGUUAAUCACUGUUAUUCUGAGUAUUGUCACCUGGAUGAUUGUUUUUACCUGACUGAUCUGUGACAUACCCAUGUGUAGCAGGACAAAGCUUUACUCUUCACCGUGAUAUUAUGGAGGAUUAUGAUAUUUACUCAUCUUGAUGUUAAUAACCUA